CUCAAACUGGAGAACCCAACGAAUCAUCCGAGGCAAUCUAGAGUUGCGGCAGAAUGGGACCCAAAUUGGCCAGGACCAGAAGUUAUCGUGGAGGUGAGCGAAGGGGUUACAGAGACCCAACGAGGAACAAUUGAAAUAAAUACGACCACAGGAAAUGAUGCAGGACCAAAGAUAAUAGUUCGCACAGAGGAAGUUCUUAUUGUGCUCUUUGUGCUGAUAUUGUGGGUGGGAGCUAUUGCACUAUUUUUUCAUCGAUGGGGCAAAAUUCGAAUGCUAGAACCGUAUCAGCCAAAAUUCCAACAGCAACAUCGAAGUUCUUGUCCACUCGCUGAAAUUGACAGCAUCUCUGUGCACAACAAGAGAGCAUCAGUAUCCAAGAUGGGAAUAUCAGUUCAAAUGCCCACCUUUGGCAACUGUUCAGGACAGAUUCCACAGCAAAAUCUAAUUUAUUCAAGAGGACUUCCGAUGUAUUCGAGGCCUAGGCAGAAUUCUGUUUUUGUAGGUCCUCCAGUUUUUUCGCCAUUGCAGCCGUCCCGAAAGACUAGGUCCGCUGUGGACAUUCAUCAACUCGUCCUUACAGAAUCCAGUGCUGAAGCUGUUUGAUUUCCCAUUAUUCCAAGCUAAUCCACAAAAUAUUGAUAUAACCCCAAGAUGGGCAUUAAUGCUUUACUCUGUUUGGAAAUUUCCCAACAAAAGAAGGUGAUUAAACUAACUAAUAGUUUUACAUUCGUGAUUCUAAAGGAACAAUUCAAAAUAUUUCUCACUACUAUACUGUAUAGUUUUCAAAAAAAAAAUCCAAAAAAUAUCAGAACAAAAUCUUAUAGUGUAUAAAAAUAUACUGAAGAAAUGGAAAUUGUAUAAAGAAAUUACCUUAAUAUUUUUUUAGUUGAAAAGAGAAACUUACCGUGAAAAUUUAUGAAAAUGCAAAUGAGCACGAAAGUCCCUAUAGUAUUUAUAGAACAUAAUUAACUCUUAAGAUCGUAGAUUGUAAAUUUUAAUAAUAGACAUGUAAGGAGGAAGAUUAUCAAAAAAAAAUAGAAUAUAAAAACGUUUAAUAAGUUCAACAAAUGUAAAGAAAGUACUUUAUUUGGCACAAGUGUAGAACUGAUGGAAUUAGGUAAAAUUUUUGAUCUCUUUAUCAUUUUCCGAUAAUUUUUCGAAUUUGGUGUAAAUUUUGCCUUUCUUUUAGUUGUAUCAAGGGGGUCAAGGGUUACUGAUGCCCUUAUGAAUAAAAAAUUACUGAUGAAAUGUUGUAAAAUUAACGUGAAAAAAUGUUGAUAUUUUUUUGAUAGUUAAAAAGGCUCUAGGGGAAGUGCUUAUAAUUUUGGACAGUCUGCUUAUAAGCAUUGAAGUUCCAAGUUUGAAGUGCGAUAUUUUCUAUACUAAUUGACAUUUCUUGUUACUCUCUUUUCAGAAGGGUUGUUUGGAAACUUAGCAAGCUAUUUAUCGUCUUAUUUUUAUUAAAAUUAGUUUUAAUACGUUUAAAUUUAAAAAUGAAUUGAUAAGUAGAGGUGACCUUGGCUCUUAUUUUGGACAACUUGUUUAUUAAUUUGUCCAACUUGGCUGUAAAUUUGGACAGCUAAUCCGCCUCAAUAGGAUGCCCAUUGUUCUUCAUUUGAUGAACCAAUCUUACCAAGUCUUCUUCCUGUUCAUGUAAGGGAAACGUAGAAUGGCACAGAAGCCCGGAAACUUUCCAUAUCAUUCAUUAAAGUGAGUUGACUUCGAUACUCCAAGUACGUGCAGAUUCGCUCAUUCCCUGACCUGGGAGCCUUUCAAGGCAUUUCUCGCUACAUCUCUUUCGUAGAGAUGAUGCUCCUUUGUUUCUCCAGGCAUUUGUCCAACCUAGUCAUCACAAAAGCUAAAACUUCACGAAAUUUCGUGAGAAAAACACCUGUCCAAAAUAAGAAUCAUCACCUCACUGGUGAAUGUCUUAAAAAAUUUCCCAUUUUUCACACGAAAAAUAUAAUUCACAAGGCAAAUCUCACUUCAGGUCAAAUGUACAAAUCAUCAGUAACGUGAAUCAACACAAUAUUCAAUGAAUAUUCAAUAAUAUCACUCAAAAACAGCGAACAAACUUUGUUAGUACUUCACCAAAACUAAAUAAGACUCAAGUAAGCCACGAAGUUCUGUCAUAUUUCUCGUAAGCAAUUGCUCACACUGAAUUUUCAACAAAGCAAUUUCAACUCAAAUCAUAUUCAAAAUUUAACGUAUUUAGUGUCAAAAUCUUCCAAAAAGAACAAAUAUUUAGAUAGAAUUCAUUUUUUAUCAAAUAUUGGAAUAAAAAUCCAUCAUUUUAAUCAAUUUAUUUUUAGUGUCCAAUUUUACCCUCAAAGUGUCCAAAAUAAGAAACUGUCCAAAAUUAUGAGCACUUACCCUAAGAGAGCGCAUUUAUCAACCGAUUGGGGUCGCGUUUGAGCUGGUUGGAAUGGUCUUGGAAUUUCCUAUAAAACUGAACCGGUAAUGAAUCGGUUCAUAACCGAUAACGAUUUUUUCUGACGAUACCAAUGAUAGAUAAUUUUCACUCUAAUGAAAAAUAUUAUGUUUGAGUAUUGUAGUUUUUAUUCCCAUAACGGUUUUGCUUAAAAAAAUUGGAAGUAUAAAAAAUAAUUAAAAUCAAUUUUCAAUAUGAGAAUUUAAAAAUUUGUUAUUUUUUAGCCUAAAAAUUUACUAUAUAGCAAAUAGCUGUAGAAUUGUAAAAAAUAUCCUAGAUUCCUUCAAUCUUCUACUUUGCAAUUACGUAUAAACAUAAGAAGAAAAUAACUUUAGGUAGUCAGGAAAAAUUAUUUUAUUUAUGGGACACCGGUGUUCCAAUCGUCCUUAAAGGGUUAAAGUAUCUCAAAAUCAAUAAAGAUGGAGAAGAAUUAAUAAAACCUUUCCAUCAAUUUUACACUUGUGUCUAAUUUUUUAAACAUGAUUUCGCAAAAGAAAUUAUUAAGGUAGCACACAUAACUUUGGGCACAAUAUAAGUAUUCUUAUAUUAUUUUAACACUUUUUCCUGUCUCUACUCCAGUGAUCAAAUAGUAUCAAUAACAUUGCUGAUUUAGAACACAUUAAUAAAUUAGAUCUUUUAUUUGAAAACCUGAUUAAAGAGAUUUUAUUGUAACAUUUGAAACAAGUAAUAUGCAAGUUGUAUCUAUUUACCAUUUUUAAAAAUAAGCAUAGUAUGAAAUCAUUUUUUUUAUCUGAGACAUUUACGAGGGGUAACUCAUAUUGAAAAACACUCGAAACACUUGUCAAUAAUUGUCUGAGAAACGUUUCGCGAAACCCGAGAAACCCGAGAAUUGCAUAGCGGAACUCGAGAAACCAGAAACCCUUGCAGCAAAAAUCAGAAUGAGUUAGCCUUCAGACAUUCACCUUUCACUACAACUUGUGGUAACACUAAAAAAAUUAUGUGAUUAGAUGCUUAUUGAUAUACACAGCUCAGUAAAUAUUUUACAAAUUUUUAUUUUAAGCGUGUUUUUAAAUAGAUACAUUAAACCUUUUGGUUAAAUCACUAAAUCUUCAUCUUUACCUUUCUAUCUCUAUCUCUAUGGUGUUAAUAAGUGUUAGUAAUUUUCCAUAUUUAAUUGAUUACUGUCUUGUCUUUCAAAAGGUAUUCCUGUUGCUAGUCAUGUAAUUUUAAAAGAAAAGAGUUUCACUUUAAUUAAAAGAAAUGAUUAGAGAAUUUGACAACGUAUAAAUAAUAACUGUGCCAAAUUUCAAUUUCAUUUAAUACCUUCUCAUCAAAAUUGCUCCAAAUUACUGCUGGGCAGUAAAUGAAGGGGAUUUUUGGUGAAUAAUAAAAUAGAGGAAAUAUGAAUCAAAAUUUUAUUACACUCUGUAAUUGAUAAUGAUAUGUAUUUCGCAUAAAAAUUGUCCAUCCAGUUGCAAUUUUAUAGAAAUUCAAAACGUAGUUUUUAAUGAAACAAACAUUACGAUAAAAUGUGUUAUAUAAAACAUAACACAAAAUUCUAAUGUGGUAAACUAUAGCUUUAUUCUUAAUAAUGACAAAAGAAAAGAAUCUACAAAGUUUGACGAAAGACAAAUAUGGCAAAUAUUGGAAAGUGCAGAAAAGCUUUAUAACGAAGCGAUGGAAAUUCUAGAUUUCUUUUUCAUUAAUAACCACUGAGAAAACAUGGAACCAAUUUUCACAUCAUCAAUUCUUUAAGAAAUAUGUUCUGAUUGCGUGGUGUGAGGAAAGAAUCUAUAUUUGUGCAGAAAUGUAAAUGUGUAUUUAUAGCAUGUUUAUGUAGAUAAUUUGAAAUGAAAAAAAAGGCAGAGAGGAAAAUGUUAUAAACUUACAUUUGAUGAUAAAGAUGAAUAAAAAGUUAAUAAAAAAAUGCGAAUCACUUGAGGGAAAAAAAA